GCCGCAACUGUGUAGCGGCCCCGUUUCACCCUUCGAGCAGCCGCUACUCAUCGCCCUCUCUCCGGCCCUCUCUGCACCAGAGGAUCAUCUGUCCGCGACCAGGGCCGGGAUUUCCAUGACGGGCUCCGCUAGUGGCACGAGAUCAUGAGUGAGGCGGGCGGCGUCAGGACCAUUGAUAACGCACGGGGCGUGAUCGAUGUGCACAAGCAACAAAUAUGGCUGUGUCUGUCUUUGUAUGUAUAUAGUGUGUGUAAAGGUUGACGUGGUGAUAGUGCGCUGCGCUGGUCAAUGUCGCCGGUGUGGCGGAGUCUUCGAGGCCAGCUCGAUUGUAAGGCAGCCGGACAGCCAGACACACAGCAUCCAUCCAGCCAUUCCUCCCCUCAUAUCAGGUGAAGCUUCAUUGCUCGGGUGCUGCCGAGGCCUUCUUCCCCCGCACCAGUCGUCACAGCUUCGGCAUACAGUACACUAUGCCGGUAAGCACCACGACCACAACACAGAUCAGGAGAGAGAGAAAGACGCGCACACACAUGUCUGUAUGUGACCAUCGAUCUCGAUCAGGUCUGCCGGACCGUGCCCACGCCUGUCGCAUCUCUCCGACCCCACAGCAGGUGCUCCACCACACCCCAUCAUCAUAACACAGCCCGACGAAUGUCUGUCGCUGUCCCCCUCUCUCGCUCAUGCACACAGAGGCCGUAUGAGCGCGCGAGGGGCUACGCGUCCAACCUCAAUAUGACCAUCUCAUCGGAGCUCUCACUCGACGGCGCCAUCCAACCACAGACAACAAAACCGCGUCGCAAAUCGCCGACUUCCUCUGCAGCGCCGCUGAAAGCGGCGACGUGCAGGCGGUGUUCGCCUGCGUCACAGCCGAUGGCGGCGAGGCGUUCGCCGAGGCCGUCAUCGAAGCCAAACAGGACUUCGACACUGUGGCUGUGGUCAGUCAGGGGAGGAGGGACACGACAGCCAGCCUCAACGCUCACAUGUGGGUGUCUGUGUUUGGUUUUGCGUGCAGUCGCACUGUGAGAAUGUCCACAUCGCGCCUCCAUUGGGAUAGCACAGAGCUCAUGGAGAGGAAAUGACCAAGUCGUUCCACAGACGCCCCGCGGCCGCCCAGCUGCAGCUGACUAUGUGAAAUGGUCCAUGGAUUAGGUUCCUUGCUGAGUGUGGUGCCUCUUCUGUGACUCGGUGAGCUCGUACGGUCAAAACCUGGGCAGCAAGGGGCUGGCCGAGGGAGAGGUGCAGCAGCAGAUAAAGAGAAUGAGACGACAGGGGGAACAAGACGUGGACGUCUCCGAGAGGUGAGCCAGGGAGUGACCAGACACACACCCGACACCACACGGCACACCACAUGGACAUUCAUGCUCACGUUCCUUUCCUGGCUCUGUGUGCAGGCGUCGGUCGUAUCACAGGAUCACCGCCACCAACGCGCUGGGCACCGUCACUGCAGAGGAGAUGGAGGUCAGCGAAACACCCCACACAUGUGGACUUGGCUGACAUCGAUGCCCGUGUGUGUCACGCUCCCUCGCUCUCGGCCCUCCUCUCUGUGUGUGUGUUGGUAUGUUCCCUCAGGCGUACAGUCGCAGCCGCGUGCACCCCGACGACCCCAUCAAGGGGUUUCUCAAGCGAUGUGUGUGGCAAUAGGCGGCUGUCGUCCUGUCUGCCUGUGUGCGGCCGGGUUGUCGAGUAGGUCGGUGAAUGGUGUGUGUGGUCUGCCGUCGUGAAUGGUGCUCGUAUCGACUCUUGAUGCGGGGUUUUUUACGAUUGUGACUGGGUGGACAGCACUCCAUGACAUGAAG